GUAGAGGCGUAUGUUUUUAGACUUUUUUUUAUUUUUUUAGGCUUCGACUCAGUCACUGUGUCAGAUGUUAUUAGAAACUUAUCCAGCCCAAUUCAGAGCGAAACACAGGAGCGUCAGAAGGGACGAACGAGAGGCGAAUCGAAUCAGCAGGUGCUUUAAAAAAUGGCCCAACAGCUAAACAAUGAAGAAGGGACCACAUUAAUUCCACCACAGAAAUCUGACUCAAGGAGUUCGAUGAUCGCUGCAUCUUUUAAUUUUAUCAAUUCCAUCAUAGGAUCGGGGAUAAUAGGUUUACCGUUUGCACUGAACCAGGCGGGGCUCCCGUUUGGCCUUCUUCUGUUGGUAGUUGUUGGAUUCAUCACAGACUACUCGAUCAUCCUGCUAAUUAAAGGAGGAAACCUGUCAGGGACGAACAGUUAUCAGUCUCUGGUGCGAAGCACAUUUGGUUUGCCUGGAUUUCUAAUUUUAUCUGCACUGCAGUUCUUGUAUCCUUUUAUUGCUAUGAUCAGCUACAACAUCACAACCGGUGACACCCUGACCAAAGUGUUUGCAAGAAUACCAGGAGUUGGUCCAGGUCACUUGCUUGCAGAGCGCCACUUUGUGAUCUUGCUAUCAACCGUCCUGUUCACGCUGCCUCUCUCGCUUUAUCGAAACAUAGAGAAACUGGGCAAGGUGUCCUUCGUGUCAAUGGUGCUGACACUUAUCAUCCUCAUCAUUGUAAUCAUCAAAGCAGCUACCCUUGGACCCCAAAUCCCCCCCACAGAGGAUGCAUGGGCAUUUGCAAAGUGGAAUGCAAUUCAGGCCGUUGGUGUGAUGUCUUUUGCCUUCAUAUGCCACCACAACAGCUUUCUCAUCUAUGGUUCCCUGGAGCAGCCCACGGUAGCAAAAUGGGCUCAGGUCACCCACAUCUCCGUGUGCUCUGCGCUCAUAAUCAGUGCGGUAUUUGCUGCGGCCGGCUAUGCGACCUUCACUGGCUACACACAAGGAGACAUAUUUGAGAACUACUGCAGAGAUGACAACCUGGCAACGUUUGGCCGCUUCUGUUUUGGCCUCAGCAUAAUAACCACGUUUCCACUGGAGUGUUUCGUCACACGGGAGGUGGUAUCCAACGUCAUUUGCAGGGGGGAGCUUUCUAAAGCUGAACACGUGGCUGUGACUGUGCUCAUAGUGGCACUCUGCACGGCGUUAUCUCUGGCCUACGACUGUCUGGGAGUUGUCUUGGAGCUGAAUGGUGCUCUGAGUGCCACGCCUCUGAUCUUCAUCAUCCCAUCAGCGUGCUACCUCAAACUCUCCUCUGGACGCUGGUUCCAGGGAGAAAACUUGAUACCCGCCGGGCUGAUUUUAAUGGGUUUCUUUGUCAUGAUCACUGGUUUGACCAUGACUAUAGCCUACCCUAAUGACUGUUCACACGGCGUGGAGAUGUUCUAUUGUGCGGACGCCAACUCUACAAGCACCGUGGCACCUGUAUGAAACAUGUUUACAUUGUAUGGCAAAGUAUAUGUACUUGGACAUCCCCAUACGCUUAAUGUAUGUUCCUUUUUUGUCUUUGUGAUUGGGAUAUUUGGUUACCUAAGCUUCAUUAAGAGUUUAGACAGUUUGGGUAAAUGCCUUCCUUCAUCAUAAUCGUGCUUUGAUAUGCAAAAACAAGCUUAAAAAAAGAAACUGUUCUGUGAAAGAACCUAAAUCUCGUCAAAGCCCCCGUACAUAUGAAGGUAAGGGUGACCAGGCAGAAAUAUCUACCCUGGGAACGAAUAUCUACAGCCACAAUUUUAGAGAAAGUCUUUCAAUGAAUGAAGAGAGUCGCUGUGUUACACUUUUUGGUCAUAUAUACUUUCUCAUAUACGUGGGAAUGUUUAAUUUGCAGUUUUUAUGUUGGAAUCAGCAGCCUGUCUUGAUAAAGCAGUACGUUCACGCUGUGGAUUAUUGAGGGAAGAAGUCGCUCCGUAUCCAGCCACUUGGUGUCACUGCAGACAAAUAGAACUUUUAUUAAAAGGAAGUACAAAACAA